CAGUGAUUGCACUCAGUGCACAGCAGAUUGUUCCUCCCAGAACUUUCUCACUCUCAACUUAUCCUUUGGGCACGGUUACUUAGUUUCCUAUUUUGUUGCAGCGUUGCUUCUCGCAGUUGGUGCGAGUCAUUGGCACAUCCGCAUGGAUAUCAGUUCUCAGUCGGCUCAUCUGCUUUAAGGAUUCACUCGCAUCCAGAAGUUGCAGAUGGAAUAACAACAACUGGACAAGGUGCGUUUUCGUGCACAUACAGAGUACUUUCUGAAGCGCUUUGAUCUCAUACUGGAUGCUUGCACCAUCAUUGUUUCGCAUUCCGAGAUUUGCACACAAAAUUCGGUGUGACCAUUUUCGCAUAAUCAACAAAAAUGGGCAACAUUUGGAACCGACUUCCGGAUGAUGACGACGACGAUCUGAUAUUAUUAGAAAAACGCCUGCGGAAUCCCCGCUCCUCCAAACCAUCGGAAUAUUCCGCCUUCCACCGCCUGCUCAUUUUUCUCUCCCUUUCCUUGGCCUUUGCCAUCGCCUUCGCCGUUCUGGCCUUCGUUGUCUUGCCCAUGUUCUUUCCCCCGCCCUCCUUACUCACUCCCGAUGAUCCCGUGGAGAUGGCGGUGAAGGAGAUUGUCGUGAUUGAACUGGAGCGUCUGCAGAUGGGAUUAAUUCCCCUGCCCGACUGGGUGGACGAAGUCCCGGCGGAGGAAUUCCCCGAAAUCCCCGCCGAAGUGCAGAGACUAUUGGAGAAGGAGGAGCCGGCAACGCGGCCUUUUUGCAGUCUGGUGCCGGAAGAUAACCGGUUUGAUUGUAUGCCGCGGGGGGAUGUUAAUCAGCAGAACUGCGAGGCGCGGGGGUGUUGCUGGAUGCCGCCGGAUCAGCGGCGGAAGCGACGCAACCGGCGCAGUACGACAGAGGAGAAAAAGCGGGGUGUGGAGAUGGAUGUACCGUAUUGCUUUUAUCCCUUUGAUAUGCCGUCGUAUAAUUUAGUGGAAUAUAUGCCGACGGAUGAUGGGUUUGAGGGUCACAUCAGCCGUGAUCCCAAUGCGACGAAUGUCUACCCGGAAGCGAUUUCGGAUCUCAUUAUACAGGUGUUCAUGGAAACCGAAACGCGACUGCGCGUUAAAAUCACCGAUCAAAAAACAGACCGUUACGAAGUGCCAAUUCCAGUUAUGCCCCAGCCGCCGACCCGCCAGCCGAAGCAGGCGUACACCUUCGAGGUGACAUACGUUCCCUUCAGUUUCCGGGUGAUUCGCGCUGCCACGGGCUCCGUCCUGUUUGAUACGUCGGCUACGCCGUUGUCUUUCUACAACCAGUUCUUGGAGAUUGGUUCGUACCUGCCAUCGCAUUACAUUUACGGUUUGGGUGAACAUACCGACCAUCACUUCAUGCAUUCCACGAAAUGGAAGAGCUUUACUUUCUGGACGACGGAUAUAUAUCCGAGUUUUGAUACGCCGCUCUACGGCGUGCACCCGUUUUAUCUGUUAAUGGAGGAAGAUGGAAAAAGCCACGGCGUUUUCCUUUUCAACUCCAAUGCCAUGGACGUCAUCUUGCAGCCGGCUCCGGCGAUAACGUACCGGACGAUUGGCGGAGUACUAGACUUUUAUUUCUUCCUCGGGCCGACCGCUGACGAUGUGGUGCAGCAGUAUACCAUGCUUGUUGGCGCACCGGUAUUGCCACCUUACUGGGCUCUCGGAUACCAUCUGUGUCGCUGGGGAUAUAUUAAUCUCAAUGGGACAAAAACCGUAACCGAGCGGAACAUUGCGGCCCGAAUUCCCUUUGAUACUCAGUGGAACGAUUUGGAUUACAUGAACGGAUCGCGCGACUUCACCAUAGACCCAGUAAAUUUUGCCGGUCUGCCGGAAUUUGUAGCGGAUUUACAUAACCGCGGCAUGCAUUACGUGAUUAUAACCGACCCAGCGAUUAGUUCUGUCGAACCCAAAGGGACCUAUCCGCCAUUCGAUGACGCGUUGGAGAUGAAUUGUUUAACGCUAAAUGCUAGCGGACAAUACAUCGAGGGGAAUAUGUGGACCGGAGCCAAAGAAGCCUAUCCGGACUUCACCUGCGCUAACGCCAGUGCGUACUUCACGAAACAGAUCUCCGAAUUCCAUGCCAAGCUCCCGUUUGAUGGUCUGUGGAUUGAUAUGAACGAGCCCUCCAGUUUUGUGAACGGCAGUGUCUACGGCUGUCCCAAUUCGUCCUUGGAAUAUCCGCCGUAUGUUCCAUCGCUGCAUGUACCGCUGAUGGCCGGACGCACUCUGUGCAUGACGGCGCAGCACUAUCUGGGCCUACAUUAUAACCUCCACUCAACGUACGGAAUUUUUAUGGCCAUGACCACCCGGACCGCUUUGCUGAAGGCUUUCCCUGAAAAACGCCCAUUUAUUCUAUCCCGGUCAACUUUCGCCGGACAGGGUCAGUUUUCGGCCCAUUGGAAUGGAGAUACGACGAGUGACUGGUCGCACCUGCAGACCAGUGUGUUUGAUAUACUGAAUUUCAACUUGUUUGGCAUGCCUUUUGUGGGCGCGGAUAUUUGCGGGUUCAUGGGCGAUACGACGGAGGAAUUGUGUAUCCGCUGGCAUCAGCUCGGAGCAUUUUACCCGUUCUCUCGCAACCACAACGACUACGGCAGCAAAGCCCAGGAUCCGGCGGCAUUUUCCAACACCACCACCGCCAUCAUUCGUCAAGCGCUUAUUUAUCGUUAUCUGCUUCUUCCGCACUGGAAUACCCUGCUAUUCCGAGCCUCCGUUAGCGGAUCACCGGUACUGCGCCCCGUAUUCUUCCAGUUUCCUGAUGAUCGCACCACGUAUUCCUUGGACUGGCAGUUCUUAUUAGGAGACAGUUUCAUGGUAUCGCCGGUUCUAACGCCCAAUACAACGGAAGUUUUGAUAUAUUUUCCGGAAAAUCGCUGGUAUGAUUUCUACACCGGAGCGGAGUUGAAGGCGAAGAGGACGUGGCAAAAGAUGGCAGCGCCGCUGGAGAAACUGAAUGUGCAUAUUCGGGGCGGCUGCAUCGUUCCCAUGCAGGUGCCCAAUGUAACGACCACUCUGAGCAGACAGAAUCCGUUUUAUUUGGGUGUGGCACUGAAUGACAGCAACGCAGCCAGCGGUGAAAUCUUCUGGGAUGAUGGUGAGCAGUAUUUCGAUACUGUUCUCACCAAGACGUAUUCACUGGUCAGUUUCACCAUGGACAACUAUAUCCUGACGUCCCAUGUUGUGCAUGGCGUGUAUCCCAUCGCUCCUCCGUUAAAAGAGAUCAUUCUAUUGGGCCUGCGGCAACCGAGUGCGGUGAUCCUGGACGGUAACAACGUCAACUUUGACUAUGACCAACAAACCGGCAAAUUGGUAGUGGGCAACUUGGCAUUAAACUUUCUGAAGGAAUUCAAACUGGAAGUCAAAAUGCCUCCUCCAGGAACGGAUUUCUAACGAUGAUUACGACAGUCUUUGAUUUUCAUUUUGGCAUGCUCACUUUUUUAAUCGUUUGUUUUAUUUUUUUCCAUUGCCUGUUAUGUGAUACAUGAGAAAUUUUAUUUAGGUAUUCGUUGGUUAUGUAUUUGGUUCGAGCGCGCUUUUCUUAAGUUGAAGAAAUGCCGAUAUGUUUUUUUACGAGUUGACUGUACACCCGCAAUACGUAGCCAAACAAAUCGAGUUUUUAACUUUCAUGUGAAGAGGUGCGAAAAGAAAACAUGUUCAGUUG